CGAGAGGGUGAAAGAGAAGGAGUGUCAAAAAAGGAAAGAAAAGAGGGAAGAAAGCAACUCAUUACUCAUUAAGCGGUGAGCCAGGUUCUUCUCUGCACUCGUUUUGCGACGUACUUUCUCUCUCACAUACACUUCAGCAUACAUAGUCAAAAACACAAAGCAGAAGUGGACAAAGACCCCGGGUUUCAGUCGCUGCGGUUUGCUAUGGCUCAGGGCUCUGACAGCAAUGACACAAGCUACAAAUCUCCAUCACCUGGAAGCAGACAGGGCUCCUCAGACGAUGUGAAGAAGGUGAUGCGGAGGGAGAAGAACCGAAUUGCUGCUCAGAAGAGUAGGAUGCGACAAACCCAGAAGGCUGACAGCCUUCACUUGGAGAGCGAGAACCUGGAGAAAGAGAACGCCGCCCUGAGGAAGGAGGUGAAGCAGCUGACAGAAGAGGCUAAGUACCUGACCUCGGUGCUGAGCAGCCACGAGCCUCUGUGCACCGGCCUGGCCGCCCAGAGCCCCGAGCUCCUCUACUCCCCCCACCACAGCAGCUAUCACCACCAGCACAUCUCCGUACCACACUACCAGCACUGACCCGCCCGACUACUGAGGAUAUGCUGCCGACCACAUGACCGAUCUCACUGGAGAACUGCCUGGGAGAUGUGUCUUUAGUUGUUAACACCCGAUUCAGGAUCGACACGGCAGACCAACACAUCUGUCAAACAAGGAGGUUAUGGAGUCCACACUUUUACAAGCAGUGCUCAAAACUAUUUAUUUUGCCUCUGCUCAUCCCUUUUUUUUUGCUUUACUGAUUGUGAAUCGUUCUGUGACCUUAAACGAAUCGAUGAGUAGAAUCCAUUGAGUCCAUGUUUACAUUGAAAAAAGUUAUCGACCAUGUGUAUGUCCAGGUGACUCAGGCAACUUUUUUUUUUAAUGUAAAUUGCUUAUUCUAAGCAGACUAUACAGAGCUUUUAUCGCCCUGACAUGUUUUGUGUUCCUUGUGUUUUUCAUGUGUUUAAGGGUGCAAAUGUCGUUGGAUAGGGCACAGGAGCUUUUGACAGACUUGAUUGUGGACAAAGAGAAUGUAAUGUCAUGAUCAUAGGAAGGCACAACGAAGAAGACGAAGAGAAAAAGACUGACAAAUGGGCAUUCAUCAGGUCUCGUCUGUAUGUAUUUAUUAAAUGUAUACCUUUUGGAUAACCAUCUGCGACCUCCCGGGCAGUGAUGUUUCUGCUGUCCUGUUUUUAUGUCAGGCGAAAAGGGAGUGUGAAAUCUGCUGAUAACAAGGAGGUGUGACAGAUGUUUGUUUCUCUGCUGAGGGAGUCCCCAUAGAUGGCACUGUUUACCAGUACGAGAGAUGAAGUUACAGUAGCUUAUAUCAUAAAGCAAAGUAAUCAUUUACAGUUUACUCCCUGUGGAUAUGAGUUUAUCUGAACCUUGAACAUAAAUGGGACUGUUAAGUCGCGUCUUGCUUGUAUUUCAAUUAUUGUGAUCUCAAUAAAAAAGGCCUGCUAUCUGCAAUGUUUAAAGCAGGAAGUACGCCUAAUAAAUAGGCUAUAUUUGGUAUAUUUAUUGUCUUUUCACAAACAACAAAUGGAAAUCUCAAACACUUGUCCGCGUUUCCGGGUGUAUGUGUGCCAUCCGUGUGACGUUCCAGACUUGUUCUGUCCUACAGUGGACUCUGGAGGAAACUCCGCCCAUGUGACCGGGUUUAACCCACUUCUGCACGACUCAGAGCGGCGCUUUCAGGUCCGGGUGGAGGGUCACUGUGGGCUCCCCCUGCACGUGUUAUCACUCAGAUCCCCGACCUUCAGUGACUGUGGUAAUUCACGAGAUCGUCCGAUGUUGUAAAUUCUGUGACUCACCAAUCCCUCAAGCGACUUUCAGACUUUUAAAAAAUGCGGAACUCCGGGAAGUAAAUGGAGGCGAGAGAUCUGUUCUCACUGGAGCGUGUAUAUUUAAAAAAAAAAAAAAAAAACUUUCCUGAGUGCCUCAGAUCGACAGUCUGAAGCCUUGAAUUAACUUUAAUAUCUCGCCUCCUCGUCUGCGGAAGGCAUGGAGCCGUAGCUGUGCGCACCGGGAAGAGCCGAACGACCAUCUAUGAAAAAGAGCGCCUCUCAGCAACUUCCAGCGUACUUUACGGUGACAGGGGGAGGGGGGAGCCAGUCCUCUAUGAGCGGCCACCCCGGGAAGACUUUAUCAACAUGACUGCGAGGCCAGCGGAAGACGCGGAGGAGGCGGCGGGUAAAGCGAACUUGGAGAAGCAUGUGGAAGCGGAGGGGGGGGCCGCGGAGGGCCGGGACCCGCUGCCGGACACCCGGCUGUACAAGCGCCGCUGGAUGAUCGUCCUGCUGUUCAGCUCCUACUCCCUCUGCAACUCCUUCCAGUGGAUCCAGUACGGCAUCAUCGGCAACAUCUUCAUGAAGUUCUACGGCGUGAGCGCCUUCACCAUAGACUGGAUGUCCAUGAUCUACAUGCUGUCCUACAUCCCCUUCAUCUUCCCGGUCACCUGGCUGCUGGACAAGAAGGGGCUGCGGGUCAUCGCGCUCGCGGGCACGGCGCUCAACUGCGCGGGGACGUGGAUCAAAGUGGCCAGCGUCCGGCCGGACCUGUUCCCCGUCACCUUCCUGGGCCAGCUCUGCUGCUCGUUCGCGCAGGUCUUCAUCCUCGGGAUGCCGUCCAGAACCGCCUCGGUGUGGUUCGGCUCCGGGGAGGUGUCCACCGCCUGCUCCAUAGGAGUGUUCGGGAAUCAGCUAGGUAUUGCCAUUGGCUUCCUGGUGCCCCCUAUCCUGGUGCCUAAUGUGGACAACAUGGAUGAGCUGGCUCACCACAUCAGUAUCAUGUUCUACAUCACAGCAGGGGUGGCAACGUUUCUCUUCAUCCUAGUCGUGUUUGUUUUCCAGGAGCGUCCUAAAAUUCCUCCGACUCAGGCCCAGGCCACAGCUCGCAGCAUCCCACCAGAGCAGUACUCCUACACAGCCUCCAUCCUACGGCUUCUGCGCAACAAGCCCUUCAUCCUCCUCAUCAUCACUUAUGGUCUGAACGUGGGCUGCUUCUACGCUGUCGGUACCCUGCUGAACCGAAUGAUCAUCGAGCAUUACCCCGGAGAGGAGGUGAAUGCCGGGCGGAUUGGUCUCACCAUUGUCAUUGCAGGAAUGGUAGGCUCCCUUAUCUGUGGAGUUUGGCUUGAUAGAACGAAAACCUACAAGCAGACCACGCUGGCAGUGUAUUUCAUGUCUCUGGUGGGGAUGAUAGUUUUUGCUGCUACCCUCAGUCUGGGACACCUCUGGGUGCUUUUCAUCACUGCCGGAGCUCUUGGGUUCUUCAUGACCGGCUACCUGCCACUGGGCUUUGAAUUUGCCGUUGAACUGACAUACCCAGAGUCAGAGGGAACUUCCUCUGGGCUACUCAAUUGUUCAGCACAGGUGUUUGGCAUUAUAUUCACCAUCUCCCAGGGGAAGAUCAUUGACAGCUUCGGCACACUGGCAGGAAACAUAUUCUUGUGUGUCUUUCUUCUAAUCGGCACAAUAAUGACAGGCUUAAUCAAGUCUGAUCUACGGAGACAAAGUGCGAACCUACUGGCCAAAGCUGCUGCGGAGAGGCAGAUGUUGGGACAAGACUACGGAGCAACGACGUUACUCUCCCAGCAGCAGACUUCUCCUUCUCAGGCCUGAUCAAUAACACUUUUCUGUCUCCCCCAAAAAAUCUCAUCAAAUCUUAGCUCAACACUUUGAAUCACAAAGGGACCCUCUGACUGCACCAGUGAAAGCACGGAUCCACCUUCUGUCAUCAAAGAAGCCCAGCUGUAAGCACUUACAAUAAGCUACAGAAAUGACUUUAAAUUACUUUAAUCUCUCCUGUAGUUAUCAGAAGGACUGAAGUUCAGGAUCAUAUCAGAUCCACUAUGUUUCAGAGAAGAGUUGAGAUGUACAGAACUGCUAAAACAUGUUGAUUGAAAUGCUCGCUUGUAUAUAUUUAUUUUUUUUAAUCUACUUUAUUCACUAAAUUUGCAAGACAAAUCUGUUAAAUUUGUGCCUUGAUAGUUUUAUCCGUCAGUGUUUUUAAAAGAUUGCAGAAUUCAUUAUAAAAAUUCAAAUAGCCAGCCAUGAAGACUUGUCCAUGUACAGUUUGUAUUUUUUAUAUGAACUUGAACAGGAGAUUAUGAUAGGGUUUCAGUAAGGGAAAGACGUGGGAAAGAAUAGUAAGGAAAGAAUAGAUCAGUAACAAUAUUCAUGUUUAAUUAUUUAACAUGAAAUAAAAACAAACUUAAGUUUCCUUUCGUCGCGUUGAGUGAUCUUUCCUUAUGUGCAUGUGCACACCAAGGAGUCUUUUUUGUUACCAGAUACACCCAUUUCCAGUACAUAAUAGAAAAAAAAAAUAGAAACAAGACUGUAAGUGCCUCUUUUGGCCACAUGGUGGAAGUCAUGUUUCACUGAAGAGAUGCUGUCCUAUCAAACGAUCAUCUUGGCUCCAAACCUUGCAAGAGAGGA